UCUUCGAGCUUCAUUCUCGCUCUGAAAACGCCAAAUACGUUUUCAAACCAAAAUGGAGGAUUUGUCGGUCGAGGUGUACGGUGAAAAUGGUGCUUAUUAUAAGGCCAUUGUCACCGACGUACUCGACAACGAGGUUCUAGUGGCCUUUGAAAAUGACUGGCAGCCGGAAUCAAAGUUUCCUUUUUCUCAAGUCUUUCUGCCACCAAAGGAUAAUGGGAAACAGACAGAAUUCGUGGACAACCAAGAGGUUGAAGUAUUCGCGAGGUCAAAUGAAAAGGAAGCGUGUGGGUGGUGGACAGCAAAUGUCAAGAUGAUACGGGGUGAUUUUCUCGUGAUAGAAUACCUGGAAUGGGAUAAUUGCUACUCAGAAAUAGUGCCAAAGGAUCGCCUUCGCGUCAAAACAACCAAGACCCCGAUCGAUAAGAACACAUUUCACAAAUUCGAGAUCUCUGUACCCGAAGAUCUCAGAGAUUACGCGAAGGUGGAGAACGCGCACAAGGAGUUCCAGAAGGUGAUCGGCGCGGCGCUGGUGUGGUACGUGCCGGAGCGCGGCGUGCUGGCCGUCAUCUCGCGCCACGAGUCCUCGCUCAAGCGCGCGCAGAUGCUCCAGGAGAUGCACUUCAGAAACCUAACACAAAAACUGCUAAUACUAAAGAAGACUGAAGAAGCUGCGAAACAGCUCGAGUCAACUAAAAUUCAUAAUCAGGGCGGGUACUCUGACGAAUUCAGCGUUCGCGAAGACCUAAUGGGUCUCGCUAUCGGCACUCACGGCGCUAACAUCCAACAGGCUCGUAAGGUGGCCGGUGUAUCCAACAUCGAGCUAGAAGAAGUCUCCUGUACUUUCAAGAUAUGCGGAGAAUCGGCAGAGGCCGUCCGGGCCGCUAGAGCGUUGCUAGAGUACGCCGAGGAAAGCAUUAAAGUUCCUCGCGCCCUUGUAGGGAAAGUUAUUGGCAAGAAUGGGAAGGUUAUCCAGGAGAUAGUGGACAAGAGUGGUGUGGUUCGUGUUAAGGUAGAAGGCGAUAACGAGCCUCAGCCUUCCGCGCCCCGUGAAGAGGGCAUGGUGCCCUUCGUGUUUGUGGGCACGAGAGAGAACAUCGCCAACGCCAAGGUGCUAGUAGAGUACCACGUCGCGCACCUCAAGGAGGUGGAGCAGCUGCGCGCCGAGAAGCUGGAGAUCGACCAGCAGCUGCGCGUCAUGUGCGGCGCGGCGGCCUCGUACGCGCCCGCGCGCGGCGCGCCCGCCUCGCGCGCGCGCCGCCCGCGCCCGCCGCACGCGCGCUACCCGCCCGGUGCGCGCCGCACGACUCCGGAGCUGGGCGAGGAGCGAGGCGAGAGGGGCGACGGCUCCUACCGCGGGCGAGCGCGCCCCCCGCGCCCCAACAGGUCAAGUGAGAGGCGCGGCGAGGAGAGGCGCGUCCCGCUGGAGAACGGCCGCGCCCAUCCGCGCCCGCCGCGCGACCCGCGGGACAACAAUCGGGACAACCGCGACAAUCGGGAGAACCGGGAUAACCGCGAAAAUCGGGACAACCGGGACAACCGCGACACGCGAGACGCGCGGGACGCGAGCGGUCGCAGACGUGAUGAAAGGCGAAGGCAGACUGAUGAUGAGAGUUCUGUACUUGACAGCCAGGAUGUUUCCAGCGCCGAUAGAGGUACAUGAAUACCUAUUGAUUAUUCCAUAAUUAUAACUCUAGCAUAUACUCGUAAAUAGGAGAUAUGUAUUUGUAUUGCCAUGUUUGUUUAAUAUAUACCUACCUACCGUGUUAAUAAUAGAAGUAAAAGUUACGUUUAAAUAUAUCUCAAUAAUAUAUAAGUGAAUAAAUGUUGAAUGUAUCAACUUUUUAGUUAUUUGAAGUUUUAUGUAUAAUUUCAGCAGCUGUAAUAAAUGAAAAAGCUGAUCAAAUAGGCUGUAGUGAUAUUUUAAAAGAAAGAAGAAAUGUUUUUAUACUGUACUCAGAUAUAAAUCUUACGUUUUGAGAUUACAAUUGCCUAGCUUCGUUUUUAUAGAGGGACUGCCACUGUUGCUAAAAACAAAAAAAAAAAAAAAAAUUGGAGUGUAUGUG